GAUCAGUGACUGUCUUUCGAACACCAAUGUGUCAUGCGCAGAACAAAGAGUAUUCGUGGCAGCAGUAGCAAUGGUGGAAAAUAUUAGAACGUGAAUUUAGUAUUUAAUAUAUUGUUCAUCAAAGUGAUCUAUGGCUAAUUUAACUAUAACUGACGAUGAUUCAGUGUUAUCUGAUAGCAUAAACCAUGAUGAAAGUCAAGAUGUGUAUAAGAAGUGUUUCACGUUGCGUGAUUAUUAUAAACAAUGUCUGAGUUUCUAUCACAAAGGUGAGUUGUUGAAAGUUUUCGUAUUGUUGCUUUGUACAAUUCCUCAACUCCAAGAAUAUUUAGACGAUAUUCCUGGGGUUGAACAAAGUGAAAUAGCUGAGAGCGUGAACUAUGUAAGCGUGAAAUGACUGUUAGUGAGGCAAGCAUUCGAUUGUUUAAUAUUUUCCACUUGCAUCAGUUGCAUGUAGACCCCAAAGUGGAUAUUUCCAAAUUUCAUGUACAAUUUUCAGGAGGUAUACAGCGCAGAGUUUUGUCAUGGCGGCAUCUGGCUGGCACAAUGCAAAACUUUAAAAGCAAUAGUAUUAUAAAUAAUUCAAAGUCAAUUGUGAAGAUUUCACCUGUUUAUUAAGUUUCAAAGAUCUUCAAAGGAAAUAGAUUUGCUAGAUAAUCCUCUUGAUGAGUAAAAUGUCUGGACAUUUAUAGACAGAGUAAAAUAAUAAAGUAGGGUGCAUCAGGUGCAAUGCAACAUAAUGGAUUAACUAGGCACAUGGGCAAGAAAGCUGCAGGUUGAGAGAGAUACGACUACCUGAAAAAUACAAGCAGAAAUUUUGAGUGAAGGAACCUUAUACGUCAGGGCUGCAAAUAAAUAUUUGACUUGACAGGACAUUUGUCCGAUCACUUUUAAUUUUCGUCGGACAUAACUUGAAUUUGGUCAGACAUAUAUAUGUUGCACAAGAUAUAUAGGUAUAUAUAAGUCACGAGACAAGUAUGCAUGUACAGCCAUUCCGGUGCAACGUUAAGUAAAAUGCUAGAAUGCCUCGUAAGUUUUAUUGCAAAACGUAAAUUGAGUGAAUUUGCAAUCGGAUUUUGUCAAAGCAAAAAAAAUGUAUAAUGUGACAAUAUAUUUUUUUGCUUGGACAUUUGCCAGAUUUAGUCGGACAUUGUCCGAUGUCCUACAGUAAUUUGCAGCCCUGUAAGUACAAAUAAAAUGUCUUGCAAUUUGUAACAAGUCCCGUAAUCUGUCCUGUGAUGAGAUAUCAUGUUAGUACUUUAGCAUUGUGCCCUAAUUGUGCCCUACUUUAUUAUUUUACUCUGUCAAAUGCCAGAUGAUUUUACAUGUCAAAGGGAAAGCACUGGCACUCAAUGGGUAUAAUGUUUUUGUUUGUAUUGCAUUAGUAUAUAUUAGUAAUUUAUUGUUUAGUUUAUUGAGUUUCUCACUCUUCUAUAAUUGUUUUAUAAAUUACACCCAUGUGUCUUGUAUAUGUAACACCCAGCAUGUUGGCAAUGUUAAAUAAAUAAAUAAACAAAUAUUAUAACCAUAUAUAAUUGAUUAAAAAUACCAGGAAGUACAGGAAUUAAGGCAAGUUCUCUUUUGCUAGCUGUUUUGACAUGAACAUUUAUAUGCAAAAGUUGGUUGUUUUUUAAUAGGAAAAGAUGUAAUAAAAAUAACAUAUCAAGAUAAAAUCAGAUUGACUGCUCUCUGGAAACAAGCGUCUGUUGGGAAAUAUGAUCCAUCAAAAAUCCCUGAAGUUGGCUAUUUUGAUGUUGUUGGGAAUGACAGAAAGUAAGUUUCAUGAAUUGUGUUUAUAUUAAUAAUAUUUUAAAUACAUUUUUGAUAUCUGUGUGUUUUGUAAUAUUAUUUAAGAGGAGAAUCUUUUGUAUGUUUUGUAACACACGCUCAAAACUAAUCAAUAUUAUACUUUUCCACUUGGUUAUGAGUAUAUUCAGUUUUGUACAUUUUCCAACUGGCAAACAAGAACUUAAAAAGUAUAUUUAGUGCUUUGUCUGUAAAAUUGUACUAAAUUGAAGAGAUUUUGGAUGGUAUGCCAAGGUGUAAAAAAAACAACUUGUGGUUCCGGUUCCCGACGACCCUAUUUUUUUCUGCCGACCCUAUUAUUUUUUCAACGCGAUUGACCAUGCGACCCUAUUUUCUCCGGGUGGUUGCGUGCUGCUCAUACAUAGCAUGCCAAAAUGGCGUCUGUUGUCACACUAAUUAUUGAACCAAGUUGCCUAAAUUCGUCCAUAGGAAAUACGCAUCUCUAGUUUAAUAUUGAUGUCGGGACUCUACUGCAAAUCGCCCAACAAAAACCACCAAAACCAUGAAAAAAAUAUUUUAAAAAAAAAAUUUCCAACCUACCGACCCUAAUUUUUUCACGAUAUGAAACCAGAACCACAGGUAUUUUUUUUUUUUUACACCCAAAGAGAAAAUGAUGUCUGAAGUCCAAUAAGUUUUGCUUAUAUUGCUGUACAAAUAUAUGGCAUCAAUUGUACAGAUAAUUGUAUUUAAAUUGACAGUAUUUAACUAUUAUUCUCAUUCUGUGUUUUUUUAUCAAUUGGCAGAUACAUUCAAAAAGUUGGCUAAUUGUGUAAACUACAGAAUAAAGCUAAAACAAAGUAAUUUUGAGAGGAACACCAAAAAGAUUUAAUGUUUUGAACAAUUUUCAUGACAAAUAGACAACAUUGAAAAAUAAAAAAAAAACUGCCUGAUAAAUAAAAUGGAGUUGGAAGUUUUGAAUCCUUAUAGUACUUUAUUCUGACUAAUUCCCAAUUAGGAUAGCUUGGGAAGGUCUUGGAGAUAUGGCUAAAGAAAAAGCGAUGGAAGAGUUUUGUAGUUUGGUGGAGAAGAUAGCACCAGAGUUGGAGGCAUACCUUGAAGCCCAGUGUCGGGAGAUAGAGGAAAAUAGAAGAAAGAAACUCGAAGAAGAGCGGAGAAAAAGAGAAGAGGAAGAACAAAGGAGGAGAGAAGAAGAAGAGAGACUGGAACGAGAGAGAUUGUUGAAGAUUGAAGAGCAGAAGAGAAGGGAAGAGGCUGAAAGAGAAGAACAGAGGUUUGGUUCAUGAUUUUUACUCCUUAGUUUUCAUGUUUUUUAAAGUAAUGAAGUUACAACUCACCUAUGACAAUGUAGGCUAGUUUUGUGCUUGAUUUAUACGGAGUACAAGUAGGUUGCAUGUGACAGUUUUAGGCAAAAGUUGUGUAGUGUAAAGCAGCUUAUUUGUAAAUCUAAAACUGGGCAUAGACACCUGGAUGCGAGUCAUUGUUUAGUGCCAUACAUUUUAGGAAGAAGGAAGAAAGUCUAAAAGCUGAACAAGAGAGGACAUCAUUGAUACAAGCCAAACCCCAGGUAGCUUCUUUAAAGCUAUUAUUAAUUUUUAAACUCCUAUUGUUUGGUUUACAUGUAGUAUAUAAUUGUUAAUUUAUGGUGGAUCCAAAUGAUGUGUUCUGAGUUGAUUAAAAUUGUAGUUGAAUCAUGUAACUUGAUUAAAAUAGAGUAUCUUAGUAUUUUAAAAUGUAUCAAGGUCAUACAGUACUUUCAUGUUUCACAUAUCAAUAGGGACAAAAGUUGUCUUGAAACCUGAAACUCAAAAUCAAAGUUGAAGAUAGCAUAUACACUAAGUGAACGUUUCUGUACAAUGUACUGUAAAAUAUUACUCACUGCUGCUUAAAAGAUAUUUGUACACUUUGUAUUUAGGCAAUUUAAGAGUUUUAAAAAGUGAAAGCAACAGAAAACCAGCUAUUCUUUCUCCCAUUCAACGGAAUAUUUAACAAUUAUUCGCCAAAAGCGAGGUGAUUAUCGGGGAAUAUUCGUCGAGACGAAGUCGAGGUGAAUAUUUCCCAAUAAUCACCGAGCCUGAUGCAAAUAAUAGUUUUAGUAUUUUUGUGUUUUUUUUGGGACUGAAUUUAUUUUAAUUUCGCUUGUUUUUUUAUCAGUAUAACGUCCACAAAACGGCUAGCCGCCAUUUUGAAAAUUUCGGUUUUGUUAUAUUCACCUGUACUCUGUAGGUGAAUAUAACAGCUUAAUACGUAAAAUUUGACCAAUCAACUUGUAGGAUUUGUUAUGUUCACUUCUGCAAAAAUACUAAUUAACCUUAUUAUCCUGUUGCCCUAUGUUCAGGUGAAUGGGUCACCAUCUAUUGCCCCAGCUUCACUGUGGUCACGUCCUAAAGUUCAAGAGUUCAUCCAACACGUGAGAACAGACCCUGGUUCUGUCUUAGUUGUUGGCAGAGGAGAAACAAUCACUGUGCGUGUACCAACGCAUGAGAACGGUAAGAAAUGAAAUUUGAAUAAAUUUUGCCAAAUGGCUCAAAUCAUCUGCUGAAAAAUGUUUUCUGGGCGCCUCAACUGGGAAUCGAACCCAAGGACAAGGUUUAACGUCCUACACUAUAGCGCUCUGACCACUGAGCCAACGCGGGAUAUCUAAUUUAGAGCGAAACGUACACGAAACGUACACUGCAUGUAUUCCAGGUUCGUGUUCGUAUUUUAGCCAAUCAGCGCUCAGAAAGGGUUGUCUGAAUAGAAAUCCAUUUUGAUGUAUUCAGUCAAUUAUAUCUUUCGUUAUUCUUUAUGAAACUAGUUGAAAUUUUGUAAUUAUGUUUAGUUAUGAGAACUAUAGCUCUGACAAAAAUAUGGAAUCGAAAUAAAGUAUAUUACAGGAGAUAUUCAGUUGUUUUAAUCAUAAAAUGGAUUUCUAUUUGACAACUAGUGCCAGUACUUUUCCGCGUAUCAAGAUCAUCUGGUUCUGUAACAACAGAUUGGUUAAAACAAUCAACAAAUUGGUUGUCUCAGAUUUAUUUCAACCAGUUUAUUGGUUAUAAUGCUUUUUGUUUGUGGAAACACCACGCAAAAUUUAUUACUGCAGUAAUAAAUUUACGAAUUACGUGGUGUUUCAAUAAACAAAAAGUAUUAUAUGUUUUAUCGCCAUGCAAUCCAACAAAGAACUUGAUUUAUUGGUUGUUUCAACUAAUCUGUUUUUACAGUGUAUAAGUUUUCCACAUGGAGUCGAAUCACUUGCCGAAAAAUGUUUUCAGCAAAUGGUUAGAGCUCAGUGAUUAGAGCACUGGUCCGUUAUACCAGAGACCUUGGAUCCGAUUCCUGGUUGGGAUACUCGGAAAACAUUUUUCAACCAGUGAAUCGACUCCAUUUGGAAAAAAACCAUGCCACACUGUACACAGCUGAAGGAGAACAAGCAACAAGCAAUAUUUUGGUUUGUUUGGAAACAUAACAUUGACAUAUUUCGUCUUUUAGGUACUUGCUUAUUUUGGGAAUUUGCGACAGAAACAUACGAUGUUGGAUUUGGGGUUAGUUUUGAAUGGACAUUGCCGUCGUCUGAAGCAAUUACUGUCGAAGUUCAUGAGGAUGAAGACGGCGAGACGGUACAAGAUGGCGAACACGAUGAAACACAGAAACAAAGAAUUGAUGAGAUCCUUCCAACGAUACGCCGACCUUGCAAUGAGGAAGUAAUGGUAGGAAGCCAUUUAUACCCUGGACGUGGAGUGUACCUCCUGAAAUUUGACAAUUCAUAUUCGCUAUUUCGAUCAAAAACACUAUUUUACAGAGUAUAUUAUACACGAUAAUUUAUUCAAGCAGAGCAAGGUCUGGAUCUGAAGAAAUGAUAAAUAUUACAACGGGCAAUUUCAUUUGAAUAUUUUCAAAGCAUGUACAUGUGCGAUCCGUAUAUAAGCGAAUUUUGACGUAGUCGUAGAGCUCGCGAGGUUCGAAUUUGAUAUUUUAAAAGUGCUAUUGUAGUUGAUGAAAAUAUGGUCUGGAAACACCGCCAAAGCCUUUGCUCUUGCCUUUUAUUCAUAUGCAAACUUGACAAUAAAGCAAUCAUCCAAUAUGACAUCUUCUGGUCGAAUCGCUCACUGUUGAAAUAUUAAUAAGCAAAAAUCAAACGAUUUGUGCAUAAGGAAUUGAAAUGAAUAGUAAAAUUACUCAAAUAUAUGAACAAAUGUAGUCAAUACUCGGGGAUUUUUGCAAUGUUUGGGAUUAUCCCAAACCACCCUGUCGACAUGUGACACCCACGUAGAAAACCCACAACUUUCGGUAUGGCGUUCACUUUUCACAUGUGACAAAUGUCUUCAACUCCGCAACGAGAUUUUUUCCCAACGAAAACCAACGAUCUCAAAGGUGAAAGGCGCUCACCACCGAAUCCUCUAUAAUAAUAACUUGUUGCUCUUAAGUAUUUUAUUUAGGUGCUAAAGCUAAAAUUUUCCAAUUGUUAGUUUGCGGUUUAUAUAUCCAGCCCGAAACACCCACAAUGAAAUUUCAAUGAAAAAGGCGGGAGUUUUAAACAUGCACUUAUAUAGGCCCAAGCCUGUUGGGGGAAAAAGUUGUCUUGUUUUUGAAUUUUGAUAAAUUUUCAGCUAGUUGAUUGGUAAUACAUACUGUUUAAAAAUAUGUCGUCAUAUUUUAGACGUAACACAAUAAAUGCCAAAUGUAACUUGAAAACAGGGCAUUUUUCGCUAACACAGCAUGGAAGAAAGCAAAGACGUUGACAAUUGCAACAGUGCUCUAUAAAUUUUAUUCAAGACAUUCACCUGUGUUAUGAAUUUAAAAAUUUCUGUUUUCUGUCUCAAAACAUUUGCAUGUGUGUGGUUACUGGUUAUACUUCUUGUUCAUGGUUAAGUUACCUGUAUCAGUUUUAAAAAACAUAUGUGAUGUAAUUUACAGCACGGUACAGCGAGCUUACUUGUUAUUCUGCUCAUGCUGUUUUCGCUCAUAAAUCAGUC